ACAGAGAGAGAGAGACACAGAGAGAGACAGCACAGAGCAGCAGCAACACUCAUCUGCUGUCAGGCUUUAACAGUGAAGACAGAACAGAAGAAAACACGCUGGUGAUAUUUCCUCCUACUUCUCUCACACAGCUCUUCAAGGCGCAUGCUCAGAGCAGUUGACGGUGCAGUAGUUUCACAGAGGAACUCAGAGAGACACUGAACGGUUUUAAAGAUGACCACUUCAUGGAGUGACAGACUGCAGAACUAUGCAGAUUUGCCUGCCAACAUGGACGGCGUGACAAUGAAAAAAUACAGAAGAGAGCCAUACCACAGAGUGUUUGUCAACAGAAGCUUGGCAAUGGAGAAGAUUAAGUGCUUUGGCUUUGACAUGGAUUACACUUUAGCAGUGUACAAGUCACCUGAGUACGAAUCACUCGGUUUCGAGCUCACAGUGGAGCGGCUGGUUUCCAUCGGUUACCCCCAGGAGCUGCUCAGCUUCGUCUACGACCCAUCCUUCCCCACCAGGGGCCUUGUGUUUGAUACCAUGUAUGGAAACCUGUUGAAGGUUGACGCCUACGGUAAUAUCCUGGUCUGUGUCCAUGGAUUCAACUUCCUCCGAGGCCCUGAAAUCCGUGAACGGUACCCCAACAAGUUCAUCCAGAGAGAUGACACAGAGCGCUUUUAUAUCCUUAACACACUCUUCAACCUGCCAGAGACCUACCUCUUUGCUUGCCUUGUGGAUUUCUUCUCCAACUGUGACAGAUACACAAGCUGUGAAAGCGGCUUCAAAAAUGGCGACCUCUUCAUGUCCUAUAAGAGCAUGUUCCAGGACGUCCGCGACGCCGUCGACUGGGUCCACUUCAAGGGUACUCUGAAGGUGAAGACGGUUGAGAACUUGGAGAAAUAUGUAGUGAGAGAUGGGAAACUGUCUCUUCUCCUCAGCAGAAUGAAUGAAGUAGCCAAGGUUUUCUUGGCUACCAACAGUGACUACAAAUACACUGAUAAAAUCAUGACCUAUCUGUUUGACUUCCAACAUGGCCCAAAGCCUGGUACCUCCCACCGGCCCUGGCAGUCCUACUUUGACCUGAUCCUGGUGGACGCCAGGAAGCCGCUGUUCUUCGGCGAGGGCACGGUGCUCAGACAAGUCGACACGACAACGGGGCGUUUAAAGAUAGGGACCUACACCGGACCUCUGCAGCACGGUAUCGUCUACUCUGGAGGUUCCUCAGACAUUGUGUGCGACCUGCUGGGGGCCAAGGGGAAGGACAUAGUCUACAUCGGGGACCACAUCUUCGGAGACAUCCUCAAGUCCAAGAAACGCCAAGGCUGGAGGACGUUCCUGGUUAUACCUGAGCUGGCCCAGGAGCUGCACGUGUGGACCGACAAGAGCUCGUUAUUCGAGGAACUGCAGGGGCUGGACAUUUUCCUGGCGGAACUCUACAAACAUCUGGACAGCAGCAGUAACGAGAGGCCAGACAUCAGCACUAUUCAGAGAAGAGUCAAGAAAGUGACACACGACAUGGACAUGUGCUACGGCAUGAUGGGAAGCCUUUUCCGCAGUGGCUCCAGACAGACCUUGUUCGCCUCUCAAGUGAUGCGUUACGCCGACCUGUACGCAGCCUCCUUCAUCAACCUGCUGUACUACCCCUUCAGCUACCUCUUCAGAGCUGCACACGUACUGAUGCCCCACGAGUCGACGGUGGAGCACGCCCACGUGGACAUCGACACGGAGUCGCCGCUGGCCACGCGCAACCGCACCCACUGCAGCGACUGCAAGGACCUGGAGUGCAAACGCAACCAGCUGACCCGCUCCUUCAGCGAGAUCAAACCUCCCAACCUGUUCCCCCAGACUCCCCAGGAGAUCACUCACUGCCACGAUGAGGAUGAUGAUGAGGAGGAGGAGGAGGAGGAGGAGGAAUAAGCUUGACAUAAAGAAAGCCUCUUUCCUGUUUCUGCCUUCUCAUGUUUCCCAGUAGAGUCGGGUAGUUAUCUCUCUCGAAGUGAGGCAGCGAGGAAAUGUAUCUCCAGUGUGUGUGUGUGUGUGUUUAACAAUACUGUAUGCACACAAACACACACACACACACACACACACACACACACAUACUGGAGAUUGCUGAGGAAAGUAAAAUGGACCAGUAGCGAGACAGAUCAUAUGACUGUCUGAAGACUGUGUGCAUGUUCGUUCCUCUAAAACCCCAAACUCUUCCUAGUUUCAUUAUAUAUAAAAAAAAAAAAAAAGAAACAUUUAUAAUUUUUAAUUAAUUUAAUUAGAUUUGUGUAUUAUUUUCCCCGUCAGACAGACAGAACAUCACACACUUCAAUGUGUUUUAUAAGCUCAUUUAAGACCUGCUGGUGGAUUAAAUAGAUGCAGUCACAUUUAUACGUAAAUCCAUCAGAUGUGGGUCAGUAAACUGUAGUUUUUGAUCGUAACAGACUAACCUUGCUGGCGCAGUAUGCACAUUAUAAUCAAACAAAAAGCACUGUUCAGUUAAAAAAAAAAGAAAAAAAAAGAUGCACAUACUGUAUUAAAACAUUUUUUAUGCAACAU